ACAAUUAAUGUUGAAAACAUAACCUCAAAAUUUUCUUGCUGACUCCUUAUUCUUAAAAUCUUCUAAGAUUUAGUUCUUCUCUGCUCUUUUUGAAGAAAAUCAUCAAUCAUCAUGUACGAAGUAAUCGUACUAGUCAAUGGCUAUUCAAAUACAAACGAAUUCGGUUCUUUCGCAAAUGGUACCUGCACACUUCUCAAAGGACCAGAUAAUAUAAUUGUCGAUACGUUAACACCUUGGGAUGGCGAAAAACUCAAAGCAGAAUUGAAAAAGCAUCAGAUUGGUUGUGACGAUAUAAAAUACGUUGUAUGCACCCAUGGACAUUCAGAUCAUACUGGCUGCAAUUAUCUAUUCCCCAAAGCUAAACUCAUUGUAGGGACAAGUAUUUCAUUUAAAGAUAAGUAUUUCGAGCAUGAUUUCAAAGGGGGAGAUUCCUACAUAAUCAAUGAUUUUGUGGAAGUUUUACCUACACCUGGGCAUACUUUGGAAGAUGUUACGGUAAUAGUCGAAACUAGGAAUCAAGGUCUUGUAGCAGUAACAGGGGACUUAUUCGAGAAGAAAGAGGAUUUGUUCAAUGAUCAUAUAUGGAGGUCUGCUGGCAGUGCAGAUAUGAAAUUACAAUCAAAGAAUAGAAAAUUAAUAUUGAAACGAGUAGAUUGGAUUGUACCAGGUCAUGGACCAAUGUUUAAAGUUCUGGAAGAAUACAGAAGGAUAUAAUACACGUAGAUUGAACUCUGAAAUAUAUCAAGGUGCUCAAAAAUGUCCAAGGAUAGUUCUAGGAUGUUUUGACUUCCUAAGCAGAAACUUCAGAGGAUUAUUAUAUUUUUAAUUCUUAGUUACAUGCUUUGAACCAUUUUAUGUGUUAAUUUAAAUGAUUAUGUUGAAUAGUGUUUUUUUGUAUUUGUUCAAAGAUGAACAAUCUUUAUCAAUCUUUAAUUUUUCAUGUUAUUUAAUAGUUUGAAGCAUCUUGUCCUGUCAAGUAGGAAGCACGUUGUUUUUUAGUUCUAUCGCAUCUUUUUUUAUUAUAAUUUUGUUUAUGCUUCCUACUGUAUAUUCAACUUGAUGACUCAAAAAAUCACAAAUACAUGGUGUGCAUGGCACGCGAAUGUAA